CGCCUGGCGGCCGAGGGACGCUGCCGGAGGACUAGGUGCAUUCGGACCCGCACUCCAGCUGAGCUGGGGCUCCGAAGAACCCAGAGUCUGGACUUUGUCCCAGGAGCGGGAGAGCAGGAUGACCUCCAUCUUGCGAAGCCCUCAGGCUCUCCAGCUCACCCUGGCGCUGAUCAAGCCCGAUGCAGUUGCUCACCCACUGAUUUUGGAGGCUGUUCAUCAACAGAUUCUGAGCAACAAGUUCCUUAUUGUACGAAUGAGAGAACUUGUGUGGCGAAAAGAAGAUUGCCAGCGGUUCUACCAAGAGCAUGAAGGGCGUUUUUUCUAUCAGCGGCUGGUGGAGUUCAUGGCCAGCGGGCCAAUCCGAGCCUACAUCCUCGCCCACAAGGAUGCCAUCCAGCUGUGGAGGACACUGAUGGGCCCCACCAGAGUGUUUCGAGCGCGCCACGUGGCCCCAGAUUCAAUUCGUGGGAGUUUCGGCCUCACCGACACCCGCAACACCACCCAUGGCUCUGACUCUGUGGCUUCAGCCAGCAGAGAGAUCGCAGCCUUCUUCCCUGACUUCAGCGAGCAGCGCUGGUAUGAGGAGGAGGAGCCACAGUUGCGCUGUGGCCCCGUGCGCUACAGUCCGGAGGGCGGCGUCCACCGUGCAGCCGGCACAGGAGCCUGAGGCAGGCCUGUCAGUAUGUGAAGACUGGUGGCGUGGCCAAGACUUUUGUCUUAGCCCUCCUGUCCAGAGCAUUCUUCUGAGACCAGGGAGGCCUGGGGCUCAUGGCGUCUUCCCCGCUAGGGCUCGCCACCUGCGUGACGGCCCAGCCCCUCACUGCCACCGCCUCUAGAAUCUAACCCUGUCUGCCUCGCCUCUGGAGUGUUCGUGGGCAGCUCGGAGGAAGAAUGCUUCCUCUUUUUUCUGAAAACUGCUCAUCCUUUUUCAAGCAAGAGCCCUGCAGUAACUCUCUCUAAGCAGCAUGGGGCCUGGCUUCCUCAGUGCAAGUCAGUAGGCAAGGCUGGGAGCUCUGCGCUGGGUGCCUUCUCUCCAUCCUUAACUGGAGUCAUUAGUAAUUAAACCUGCGCUGAAGCCAAGUUUCUCCCUUGUUCCGUGGAGAAAGACUGUGUGGAAAUAUCCCGUGCACGCUGCAUGCAGCUUAGGCUGUGCAUGAGGGCGCCCAGUGACAGCUGAGUGCAGAUCCAACACUGCGCCUCUGGCACAGGCUGCAUCCAGGAGGAAGGGGAGGCUUUGAUUUUGAACAAAGGUGUGCCUGCCCAGUAGAGGAAUAUUUUUUGUGGGUUUUUUUUUAUUACUGAUCUUUAGGGAGAGAGGGAAACAUCAAUUUGUUUUCCACUUAUGUAUUCAUUGGUUCUCUUGUGUGCGCCCUGACUGGGGAGCAAACCCCCAGCCUUGGUGUAUUGGGACGAUGCUCUAACCAACUGAGCUACACGGUCAGGGUGAGGCUUGUUUUUAUGAUUCACUUUUUUUUAUGAUUUGCACAAAGCCACUAAAGGUAGCCAUGUUUUUGUUGCAGCUGAAGAUGAUACUUUUCAGUUACUUCAUGACGAAUCACCUCAAAAUUUAGUAGCUUAAAACAGUAAUGCUUUCUUGUUCUAUGUUUGUCUAUUGGUGGGGUGAUUCUGCUGGUCUCACUUGGACUCACUCACGUGGCUGCAUUCAGCAGCUGGGUCUAAUGUGACCUUUCAUCUUGAACUUCUUCAUAGCAUGGUUGUUUCAGGGCUCCAAGAAGGCAGGUCCCCAUUCACAAGCUUAGGAAGCCUCUGUUUAUGUCAUGUUGCUAAUAUCCCAUUGACCCAAGCAAGUCACAUGGCCAAACGCAGAGUCCAUGUGGGAAGGGCCUGCAUGAGGGCAUGGACACUGGGAGGUAUGAAUUAUUGGGGGCCAUUGCCAUGGCAAUCUACAAAUUGGGGAUAGUGAAGAGCCUUGACUUUACAUAGAAUUUAUUAAAAUAAAUAUUUGUACAAGCCAACAAAGGAGAUGAAGCAAUAGCCAGAGUAAGAAGGUCCAAGUCCAAAUUCCAGAUUCAGGUACAGUUACAAGGACCUGGUCCAGGUCCAAUGUCCAAGUCUAAUGUCAGGUACAAAGUUGCAGGUUAAAUCCGUGUCUCAGUUUCAGGCUUAAUGUCUGGGAAUAGGUCAGAGUUCAGGACUAAGUUCAUGUCCACAUCCAGGUCUGAAGUCUGGGCAUUAGGUCCAGAUCCAAGAUCAAGGUAUGAAGUCCAAGUCCUCUCAGAAGUUCAGGUUCAAAGGAAAGAGGGAGGGGGAUAAUAAGGGAAAGAAGGGGAAGGGUCAAGUCAUGGAACAUGUAUAAAGGACCUGUGGACAAAGAUAGCAGAGGGGAAGAUUGAAAGUGGAAGGUGGGGGUAAGGGAGGGCAGGGGAGAAGAAUGGGAAAAUGGGGACAACUGCAAUUGAAUAACAAUAAAAAAAUUAAAAAGUAAAAAUAAAGUUCAGGUUCAAGACCCAUAUUCAAGUUUAAGAUCCAAAUUCAUGUGUAUAAGCAAAAGCCAUGUCUAAUGUCAGGUCUAAAGCCCAGGACCAUGCAGGUAUAUCGUUGAGAUCUGAUGUCUAGUUUCAAGAUUCAAGGCCAAGGACAGGUUGAGAUUCAAAGUAUGAUUUAAGGGCUAUGUCAGGAUCAGAGACCAAGGUUUAAAAUACAAAUUCAAGGUUCAGGAAUAAGACCCAAAAUCCAACUGCAGGUUCAGGUCCACAGUCCAUGUCUGUUUUCAAAGUAUUGGUCCAAUGCCCAUGACCAAGAUCAGGGCCAGGCCCACAUCCAAAGUUGAGGUACAAGGUAUGUGUCUGAUUUUAGAGGAGGAGGUUCAAGCUAAAGACCUAAGUUCUCAGGUACAUUUCCAAAUAUCUGGUCCAGGUCCAAAGACCAGCCCUAAUGUCUGAGUAGACCUGAUUUCAAUGCCAAAUUUAGGUCCAAGGUGAAACUGUGGGUACUUGGUCCAAGGACCAAGUCCAGGUAUAAAACCCAGGUCCAGUCUCCUAAUCAAAGUUUCAGGUACUCUGCUGAAUGCCAAAAUCUAGGUCUAAGGGCUGUUUCAGUGUUCCGGACCAAUCCAGGCGAACAUCCAGGUCCAGGUCCAAAUUUCAAGUUCCAAGUCAAUCCAAGUCAGUGUCCAAAGAUACCACUUCACACCUGUCAUAAGUUCAAUUGUGGCCCUCAAAGGUUUAUAUGACAAAGUCCUGAGACUGGAAAUAAGACCAUUGCAUAUGUAAUUAGUUACGGUGAAGUCACAGAGGAGUAGGAUGGACCUCUAAUCCAAUGUGACCAAUGUCCUUAUGGAAAGGGGAAUUGGGCACAAUGCAUACAGGGAGAACACCAUGGGAACGUGGAGAGGAAGGUCAGUGCAAUUCAUCUACAAACUAAGGAAUGCUGGAGAUCGCCAGGAAAACACCAGAAGCCAGGAGAGGUAUGGAACAUAAUUCACAGCCCUCAGGAGUCAACCCUGCCAACACCUUGAUCUUGGACUUUUAGCCUCCAGAACUGUGGGAUACCAACCUUCUGUUGGUUAAGUCACCAGUUUUUGGUAUUUGUUACAGGAGCCAUAGCAAACUAAUAUCACACCCAAGAUCCAGAUCGAGGUCUGAGGUCCAGGUCCAUGACCAAGGUCUAGAUAGAAGCUCAGGUCCAAGAUCCUGGACAAAUACAGGUCAAAGAUUGAAUUCUAAUACUGGAGUCCA